UAUAUUUGCAAUAAAAUAUAUAAUAUUAUAUAUGAAAUAUAAUUUUUUGUAGUGUGUCCCCAACGUGUCCGUGACCUAUUUUUUUGAGAAAUGUCAUGUCGGUGUGUCCGUAUCGUGUCGUAUCUAUGCCUCGUGUUCGUGUCCAUGCUUCUUAGACUUUCGUUUCCAGGAUUGAAUACGAGACUGGAGUGGCACAAGUCAGAAUGAAAGCACGCAGAAGGUAGGCUUGAAACCCUUUCUUUCCUAACCUAAUGAAAAGAUUGUAGAGGACUUAUAAAAAGCAAUCAAAUACUAGACUUGAGUAUGCGUAAGAUAAUGUUUUUAGGAUGGCUAUGGCAUUAGAAAAGGAAAAUUAACCUAUGCAACUAUAGAUAUCGACAAUUCAACUCCUGAUUAGAGGAUUCACCGUAACCAAACAUACCGUUUUUCAGAGGAAGAAGAUAACUGCGAACCAAUUCCCUAUUAAUGCCUGUUAUAAUUACGAAAUCUGAAUAAGCUUACUCUAAGUAGGGGAUCCAAUUUCAGAUUGUUACCCUCUUCCUCGAAGAUCCUAUUCUCAAUACGAAAUGAAUGUAUUUGUUGCAGAAAUUGGGAAGACGGUUAAUAUUUGGACAGGGGCAGCAGAUGCUUGAUGUUGAGAUGGAAAAAAGAAGAAAGAAGAUACGGAAAUUCAAGGAAUCAGCAUGGAAAUGUGUUUAUUAUCUUUCUGCAGAGCUUAUAGCACUCGCUGUGACUUAUGAUGAGCCUUGGUUUUCUAAGACAAGAUAUUUUUGGGUAGGACCAAGAGAUCAGGUCUGGCCUGACCAGAAAUACAAGUUGAAGUUGAAGGGACUAUAUAUGUAUACUGGUGGAUUCUACACAUACUCCAUGUUUGCCCUAAUAUUUUGGGAAACAAGGCGUUCUGACUUUGGGGUGUCAAUGGGUCAUCAUGUCGCAACUGCCAUUCUCAUUAUGUUAUCAUACAUAUUCAGGUUUGGACGUGUUGGUUCAGUUGUUUUAGCUCUUCAUGAUGUUAGCGAUGUAUUUCUGGAAGUAGGAAAGAUGUCCAAAUACAGUGGUGCUGAAGCUCUUGCUAGCUUUUCUUUUAUUCUUUUUGUGUUGUCCUGGACCCUACUUCGCCUCAUUUACUACCCCUUCUGGAUCCUCUGGAGUACAAGCUACGAAUCCAUUCAGAGCAUAAAUAUGGAGAAGCACAAAGUUGCUGGACCUAUCUACUAUUAUGUCUUCAAUUCUCUUCUUUUUGGCUUGCUUGUUCUUCACAUUUACUGGUGGGUGUUGAUGUACCGGAUGCUUGUUAAACAAAUUCAAGCAAGAGGCCAACUCAGUGACGAUGUUCGAUCAGAUUCUGAAGCUGAAGACGAACAUGAAGAUUGA